GUCGUCAUCAUUAUGCGUCAGAUUCUUAGCAUUUGGUGGCGACAUGUGAAGAAAACACGAACAGACAACUUUCCCGACAUUUAAGUUACAGACAGACAUCAGUAUAUCGUGAAAACAGACAUUUACGAGUAAAACAGUGACCGAAGCUUCGUCUGUCGGCGUCACUCGCGCCAGUGCUUUUCUGUUCCAGCUAACAGGAUGGAUAACAACACGGAGGGGGAAGCCAUCGAGUUCCACGGAGACGAGGAAAUCAUCGAAGUCAUCGACCUGAACGACACGGAACCAUGUCCAGAGGACCUGGCUGACGACCUGCAGGACGUGGGCUUUGAAGACGCAGAGGCUGAUGAUGAUGAAGGCUGGGAGACGGAGGACGAGAUGGAAGCUGAGGCGCAGCAGGAUGACAGCGAGCUCACCUUUUCCAAGCACACAGGCUCGGUGUUCUGCGUCAGCUUGGACCCGGCCACAAACAGCCUGGCCGUGACGGGAGGACAGGACGACAAGGCGUACGUGUGGAGGGUGAGCGACGGAGAGGUUCUGCUGGAGUGCACCGGACACAAGGACUCAGUGUCGUGCGCCAUGUUCAGCCACGACUCCUCUCUGGUGGCGUCGGGGGACAUGAGCGGCCUGAUCAAAGUCUGGAGAGUAGAAAGCAAAGAGGAGAUCUGGUCCUUUGAAGUGGGGGACUUGGAGUGGUUGGAGUGGCACCCCUGUGCUCCGGUGCUGCUGGCGGGGACGGACGACGGCAGCGUGUGGAUGUGGAAGAUCCCUUCAGGCCACAGUAAGACCCUCCAGAGUCCUGGAUGUCAGGCCACCUGCGGGAAAGUCCUCCCCGACGGUAAACGGGCCGUUGUGGGCUACGAGGAUGGAUCGGUGCGAGUGUGGGACUUAAAGCACGGCAGCGCCGUCCACGUCAUUAAAGGUCAGGAUGGAUACCUGGGGGCGCUGACCUGCCUGGCGUGCAACAAGGAUGGCUCUUUGGUCCUCACGGGUUCAAUGGGCGGCUGCUCCAAGCUCAUCAACACCGCCACGGGAAAGGUGGUCGGAGUUUUCUCCAGAGAAGAAGGCAAAGCCAAAGGACCGAAGAACGAGGGCGAGUCCAACUCUGUGGAGUCUGUGGGGUUCUGCAACAUCCUGCCUCUGGUCGCUGUGGCCUACCUGGACGGGACGCUGUCCAUCUAUGACCUUUCAGCUCAGGUGCAGAGGCACCGGUGUCAGCACGAGGCUGGGAUUGUUCACCUGCGGUGGGAGGAGUCUUCUUCUGUGGUGUCCACCUCCAGUUUAGACGGUGUGCUGCGUCUGUGGGACGCUCGAUCCGGCAACUUGUUGUCCGAGUACCACGGCCACACCGAGGAGAUCUUCGACUUCACCAUCAACAGGGAGGCGUCUCUGGCCGUCACAGCCUCUGCAGACAACCGGGCCAAAGUGUUCUGCCUCCAGAGACCCGAUCGAUAGACGAGGCCGAGGAGCCGACUGCCCGAAGAAACAAACGUUCGGUUUGACCUCACGCUCUCCUGAGGAUGUGAAAGUCUUCUGGUGUUCGGACCUCCUGGUUUUGUAGUUUCUACGGUUUGACUCGCCCAGAAAUGGAGGUUCAAUGGCAACGAAAUGUUCUGAUGGUUUUAGUCUUCUU